AUGGCGGGCCGCUCCAGCCAGGCCGGGCGCGGCUGUUUUAUUCACAAAGGUCGGCGGGCGGGCAGCGGGCGCCGCGAAUGCGCGAUGCCUGGCCAGCUGACCGCGCGCGGGUCGAUACCGCCAACUAAUAUGCCGCGCACGCAGCGGCCGGCAUCUGCCCCGGCCGUGCACCUUUUGAGCGCCGUGCCCUUCACCCUUCCGACACGUGUCUGCGGCUACCUGGCCACACGUGUGCGCCACGCGUCGCGCCUGCUCAAUAAUCCAUCGUGGGCAGCACAAUCAUAUCCAAACGCGGCGCACCGCCUCACCUGCAAAUCGGAGAGUGCUCCUCAAUAUUUCAGCACCCGCCCCACGCUACCGCGCGUAUACCUGCGAGGCGCGGGGGUGGAGCGGGGAGGCGACGCGGCCGGAGACCACGACGCGCUCUCGCCCACACGCGCAGAGUGGCUUAAAAAACGUGGGAAGCGAAAAGAGCGGACAGGAGUGGCGUCGUGGCUGGCUGUCGCGUGCCCCUCCGCGCCGGGAGAGGAGUUUAAUGAAAAGGCUGAUGGGGCUGCGAGCAACAGGAUGGGGCGGAGCGGAGCGGGGGCGGCGGGGGUGUGUUUUACGAGCGCGACCGGCGGCGCUCAGCAGGUGGAUGGCCGCCUGGAGGGCCCUCAGCACCUCGCCAGCCGCCAGCCGCGGGGGUUCCCCGGCCCUCGCAGCAGCAGCGACUCGGAGGCUGCGGCGCCGGCGGCGAGGGUGGGCGUGGCCGUCGGAAGCCCGCCCGCGCACCGCCCCGCUGACGACGACGAUGACGAGGACGACGACGACUCGGUGGCGUCGGCCGACAGCCGUGCCGGCCCCGCGCACGCCGCCCUCAACCUCGUGACGGAGGUGGUGUCGCAGCGUAGCUCCGGAGGCGGGUCGCCGGGGCCACCGAUGACGCCGGGGGCGGUUCCGGGGGCGGCGUCAGGGGCGGGGCCGGCGUCCGCUUCCGCCUCCGUUCAGGCCGCGCUACUCUCCCUCAACCAGCUGAUGAGCCAGGGACAGCAGCUGUUCUUGCAGAAUCAGCUGGCUGCUGCAGCAGCGGCAUCGGGCUCUCUUGGACUGGGCUCCAGUACACAGCAAGUUCUGCAGCAGUUUGUGCUUUUCCAGCCUGGAGCCACUUCUUCACCUACUGCUCCAGCUCCUGGAAGUCAGGCACAUUUCUUUCUGCAAAGUAGGGAUCUGUUACAACAAGGGUUUACUCAUCAAAAUCUGUCUGGGCGCGGAGUACCUACGCAGACAGCGCAGGUGCAGCAUGCAGUGGCGCAAGCAGCACAACAGCUGCAGCAGUUGCAGAAGCAACAGGCAUCACAGCAACACAGUCAUGCUCAUGGGCCAUCUCCCCACAACCAUCAUAACCAUCACCACCACCACAAUCACCAUCACCAACAUCACAAGGCUGGUGCAACAGUGAUGAGGACUCCAGAACCGCAACCACCAGGCCCAGACGAGACAACUGACCUGGAAGAAUUGGAACAGUUUGCAAAAACUUUUAAGCAGCGACGCAUAAAAUUGGGGUUCACUCAAGGUGAUGUUGGACUUGCUAUGGGGAAACUAUAUGGGAAUGACUUCUCACAAACCACAAUCUCCAGGUUUGAAGCUCUAAAUCUGUCAUUCAAGAACAUGUGCAAAUUGAAGCCACUGUUACAAAAGUGGUUAGAGGAUGCAGACAGCUCAGCAAGCAACCCUGGCUCCUUAAGCAACCCUCUGACAACACCAGAGGCUGUAGGCCGUCGUCGCAAGAAGCGCACAUCUAUUGAGACAAGUGUUCGUGUAGCACUUGAGAAGGCUUUCCUACAGAAUCCAAAGCCAACAAGUGAAGAAAUUGCUGUGCUUGCUGAAAGUCUGGUCAUGGAAAAGGAGGUGGUGCGAGUAUGGUUCUGUAACAGGCGCCAGAAGGAGAAGAGGAUCAACCCCCCGAGUGCGGCGAUGGGCGGGCCACCCGGCAGCAACACCCCUAGCAGCGGCAGUGCCGGCGGAGCGGGCUCCGGGAAUGGCAGCACUGGCAGUACCACCGUGUUUGGCCACCUGGCUGGGCCCCUGGCUGCCACAGGCGCCCUGAGCAUCAACGCCCACGCGCACGCCCACCCUCACCCUCACCCUCACCCACACCCGCACCCUCACGGCCCACUGUCGCUCGUCACAGGUGUGGGUGUAGGAGGACCUACAGCGAAUUACUCUGCUCCUGCUGUCAAGACGGAAUGACCUUUCUGAACUGUCGUGCCAUGGCGCAUGACAUAUUGACUGCUCUCGAUUGGUGGCAGUGUGGUGUCAUUCUCUACAUCAGUGAAUAUGUAUUCUGAAAGUAGCUGUAAAAACAGUGUAAAUAAUGGUCGAAGUCAUUCAGUAGAAGAGGAGCAAGAAACUGGACAGCUAUUCACAUAACUAUGGACUCUUUAAGUGUGUGUAAACUACCCAGUUUUACAAAUUCAUUUGUAUCUGCUGGUGUAAUAGAAUCUAUUGACUUGGCACUGUCAAAGUGUCUGUAACAUAGUGUAAGUUAAGAGUGAAUUAUAUUGGGACAAUGUUGCAAACUGGCCACAGCACCAUGGGGAUGGGCCACUAUCACACUAUAUGAGGCUUGAUGAGGUCAAAUAAUGUUUUUAAAAAGUAAGGUCUUCUGUGUCAUAGAUGAUAGGAUGAGUCAGAUAUUACCAUGAUAAUUUUUUACAAAAAUAAUAAAUAAUGUUCUAUUUAUGGUAUUUAAUCUCAUUUAUAAAUUUCCAAAGAACAUUUGACCAAGUUAUUGCCUGAUUUCAAGAAGUAUAAUUUUUUAACUGUAGCAAACUAAAUUUAUGGACUCCCUUUUGGCACUUCUUGCUAUUCCUCAGAGAUCAUUACAUUAUGUAAUGUAUUUCUUCCAUGAAGAGAGUGAAAGGAAAGUGUAAUAGUGGAAAAUGUCUUCCAUCAAAGAAGUUCCUACCAAUUCUAGUAUUAUCUGAUAUGUAAAUGCAAUAUAUGGUUAUUUGUUUGUGUGUAGAGUCUUCAUUCAUCGGUUGAACUUUUUUGGAAAUGCCAUUAAAUUUGACCCAUGCUCAUGUGCUGAUGGUCUGCAAACAUAUGUUCAUAUGUAGGUGUGUGUGAUCAAGACAAUGCCGUACCUAUGCACCCCAUGUACCCACCCGUCAAAGCAGGGUUCCUCAUCAAAUUCUGGGCAGGACAUGGGCAGCUGUGUGCGGCACAACCCGAACUCUCGACUUUCAUUCUCUGCUUGUCAAGAGGACCAAGAAUAAAGUGAAAGUUCCUAUUGCCAUCUUGGCACAACCAAAUAUGGUUUGAAAUGUCGAAUGAGUUUCGGUUCUUUUUUAUUUCAGUGUGAAAACAGAUGUAUUGUGUACUCUUUUAAAUUUAAAUUAUGAUCAUAAAAGCUAAAAAAUAUAAUAGCAGAGUUCAUCAUUUUAAAAUUCUGCUUAAUAUUGUUACUUUUCAUUGAUUUCUUCCUAUGAAAGAUCUUCUCAGUCUGCUUUUCUCUGUGUUUCCACCAUUGCAAAGGAUGUUUCUUGGAAAUACCAAAAAUUAAGUUACCUCUGAGGUCAUACAAGUGUUUUUAUUUUCCUUGGGCUGUUAACCGUUAUUGUUGUAGGAUAUCGAUGUUAUUACUUUAUACCUGAUUUUGUUUAGAAUUUGGAAUAGAUUGACCAAAUGUAAGCUAGUAGCAACCUAUAUUAACAAAUGGUCAUGGUGUUUAUAUGACCUUUUGUACUGUUGUGUACUAUCUUGUGACUUCCUUCUUUUCCUUCUUGCAAUUACUCAUUGCAAAAAAAGUCAUGUGUAUCUAUUCACUACUGUAGACUAAAUAUGAGCUGUAUUGUAAAUCUAUUGUUUCUAAUCUAUCCACUUCCAAAGACUACAGACUGAGGCUAUUGAAGGUGGCUUCAAAAAUUCUUUUUUAUUGGUGUGAUAUAUGUCGUCCAUAUUUGUUUCUUAAGGUUCAUUGGUACAGAAUAUUAGGUUCUGUGCCAGCUUACUGUGGUAUUCUAUAAAUAGAAAAUACACAAGAAGUAGGAACCAUCUGUUGUCAGCAUGUGUCUUGUCAUCUUGUCACAGUAACACAAACUUUAUAUAUCACAUUGUGUUAACUUAGAUGUUUAGAAAUGAUAUAAUAAAAACUGAGCAUAAAAUGAACCAAUCAAAUUUCUGGCCUCAGGAGUGUAAAUUACUUAUUUUAAACCUAUUACUUUGAUUGGUUCAUUCUGAGAACUCUACUUGUAAAAGAAAUAUAUAGCUGAUGAACUUCAGUUUUUAAAGAUUUUUCAAAUAUAUUAUGAGCAAAGAUGUUUUUCAAUUUUAUGGAAGUUUGUUGAUGAAGGAGAUUUAUAUAUUUGUGUCUGUGGAGAGAUGAUGUGAAAACUGAAAAGGACUCCUUCAGAGCAGCUAUCCUUUUAUUUUAUGACUUAUUUCAAACAAUUUUGAUACAUAUCAUUCUGAAUUUGGUGUACAAAUUACAAAAGUUGUUUUGUUACUUAUCUGUUAGAUAUUUAAAUUGUUUGAAGUUUGGUGAGUUGACUGUUUUAAUGCCAUUUGCACUGUACAGUGAUUGCUUAUGCUGAAACUGAUAUAUGUAAUUUUUUUCCACACACAAAGCAGCCACCUGCCACUUUGUUACUGCCUUACAUUAUUGUUUCUGUUCAGAAAAGAUGUACACCCUGCCAGUCCUUAUAUGGUUUAAGUUAUUAUGCUUCAUACAUGGUCUAAUCAAUUAUCUGUCAAUUUCUUACACUGUGGCUGAGUAAAAUUGUGCUGCUAUUCUGUUGUUUUCCACAAAGGACUCCAAUCACUGCGGGUUAGCAAAUUUUGUCCUUUUGAACAUGUCAUUGUUUCAUGAUCUUGCUUAAUAUUAUAAAGUGGGAAAAACUUCCAUAUAUAUAUAUAUAUAUGUAAUAUUUUAUUCUACAAUACAUACAAAGUGAAAUAAGAAAAAAAUAUUUGAAGUUGUGAACUUUGUAAGAUAUAUUCCAUUCUUUUUACAGGUAUGACUUAAUUAAGCGCUGAUGACUGUGCAGUUGAGUGCCCCCCCCCCCCCCCCCCCCAAACCAAACUUCCAAACUUAAAUAAGUUGUGAAGCAGAUUUGCUAUUGUAGACAGCAGUUAACUCUGGUUUUUGCAUGAGUGUACUGUUCAUAAAGUCAGCAGAGAAGUAUUUUGAUUACGGAAAAAUUCCUAGCUAUGUCACUGAUGUACUUUCUCCAUAGUCAUUAUUCAGUGUGAACUACAUUUCUGAUCAGUGGAGUUCAGUAUGAAAACAGCUACUAAGCAAAUGAAAGUGAAAUAUGUUAACUAUACCAUAGAUAACACUAUUUAUAACUUUACUUUGUCCAUUGGCAGUGUUGAUAUUUCAGUUUGUAACAAAUGAGAAUUGGUCACAUAAGAAGCUACAUUUGGUAGUUGUGUCUUGUUGUAGCUGAAUUUUUAUUAUGAAACAUGUCACUUAAAUGGAAAGUAAGAUUUAUGUUUAAAUAUUUAGGCAGUAGAUAUUGACUUACCUGCUGACUAUUUGCAUCAUAUAUAUCUUCUGUGUCUGCAAUCUUCUCCAUUUUAUUCCAUCCAAAAAACUGCUGACAAACAAGUAACAAGGUGUGCAGUGGUGUUACACAAUACUAUGGGUUCAGAAAACCUAACCAAGAGACAUAAGAAAAGGGAAUUAGUUGCUUGUAAAUGAAGGGUGUGUGUGGAGAAAUUUUGUUUCUAAGCUAAAGGUGCUAGCAAAUAACAGAAAUAUUCUAGAUGUAUGAACAUCAGAAGGUAGCUUCAUUUUUGUUACACAUUUUGUUUAAAUGAUUUGAUGAUUGUAUAUUUAAUGAAAAAUAAGUUUUUAUAUAAAUACUUGUGUUUCAAAGAUAUAAUUUUGCCAUUGUUAAUACGAGGUGUAAGAGUGGGGGCAGGGGAACAAGUACAGGAUAUGCACAUUGGAGCUACCUGGUUGUACAGAAACUGUAAAGGAAAUAUAUGUUAUAUUAUUUCAUGGUGUUUUGACAAGUAAUGCAUAUCUGUACUGUACCUGCCCUCUGAUUAAUGAAGAAAUAGGCAAUAAAAUUAUACUGCACAUUAUUUUCAUUAAGUAAA